GACAUUUAUUCCUAUCUCUUCUAUCUUGCUGCAAUUACAAGUUGUCUCAAUUCCAAUGUCUAUCCAUCCUCUCACUACAAUGCCACUGCUUCUCGUCUCCCCUUUCUUCACCACAGGGUCUCCGACACCACUCCGGGACGCGCGUUGUACUAUUGGCACAGAAGGUGCAGGAAGGCGGGUCCUCUUCCGUAAUGAGGCCCGAGUCCACUGGCCGAGCUCGAGGCGCUGGCAAUCGCGUAGAGCGCCUGGUGCGCUCACCGUCACACGCGCUCACCCACCCACACGCCACCUUCGACUCGCGCCCUGGCCUCGGCAAGAUCCUGCAGCUGGACGCUGCAGGCUGGAGCAUUACAAGGAGCCCGUUGCUGGACACCUUCGCGGCUUCGAUCCGAGGCAGUCGGUCUCAGACCCACUGACGCUCGUUGAUUGACGACCUCAAAGGACGUCGAGCUCCUGCGUAUACUCUUGCCACGGCCCGAGCGACUUGAGGGAGGUAAAAGGGUUCCGCGAACCUCGCUGCUGCUGUGCGUCCGUCAGACCCUUGUUUUCCGCUGCGUCACCCUUUCCACCACGCUUGAUCUCUUGUUACCCGUAACGAACAUUUUUGUAGAACACGAAAGAAACCGUCUACGUUAUCUUGGUUUCGCUCACACCAUGUCCUGCCUGCGCAUUCACGUUCUCACUUUCUGUCAUCUUUUUUCUCCCACAACAACACAUUUGUAACAGCACUGAGUAAUGGAUCGC